CGUCGUCCCUGGCACAUUGCUGAACCAGUGGAUGAUGGAGGUCCGAAAAACCACAGAGGCGGGGGCCCUGGAGGCGCUGGUCUUCCGAGGGAAUGUCAAAGUGACGAAGAGCUUGCGGGAAUUGCGACGCAUCUCACGCGAGGGGUGGGUGGGCUCUUUCAUUCCAUCCGCAGCAGAGUUGCCCGUGGGAGAGCUGGUAUGGGCCCCCGUCUGCCUCACCCCGGAUCGUGAAAACCAGGGCUCGGCGCGCCGGGGUACGGCCGGUCCUGCCUCGUCCUCGCCUUCCCAUCCCCCGGCCUCGCUGCGGGAUCCGGACAGGAGACGCCUUCGCGAGAGCUACCAGCGGGCGAAGGUCUUGAAGGUCAUGGAAGGGCCGCUGGGCGCCACGGUGGAGCUGCGCUACUGGUACGAGAGGAACGAAGUGUGGGAUGCCGACCUGGUGAUCACUACCUACGACGUCCUUCGUAACGCGAACGGCGGGCCCAUGCUCCGGCACGUGCACUGGCACCGCGUCAUUCUCGACGAAUGUCAGGAGAUUCGGACCUCCACCUCGGCGAUCGCGAAGCUGUGCUCGGUCCUGCACGCCACUCACCGGUGGAUGGUGAGUGGCACCCCACUCUUCGCCUCUGUGGACGACCUCUUCGGCGAGCUGCAGUUCCUGGCAGUCUCCCCCUUCUCGCUGGCCAACGAUGGUUUCUGGGAGGCGAAGGUGGGGGGGCCCUGGAGGCGACGGGAGGAAUCCGCUUUGAGGUUGCUGCAUCUACUCGUCUCGGUCUGCAUGAUGCGGCACUCCAAGGGCCAGGUGUACGCCUGUACCGGCAGCCCUUUGGUGGCGAUGCCAACUCGGACCAUCACCUGGCAGCCCGUGGAGGGAAGCUCAGUCUCGGAGCAGUUUUGCUAUGCCUAUCUGGAGGUGCUGG